AUACACUAUAUUGACAAAAGUAUUGUGACACCUCUCCAAAUCAUUAGAUUCAGGUGUUUCAAUCACCUCCACGUCCACAGGUGCAUACAGAUUGCUUAUACAAACAUUUGUGAAAGAAUGGGUCGCUCUUGGGAGCUCAGUGAAUUCAAGCAUGGUACUGUCAUAGGUUGCCACCUGUGCAAUAAGUCCAUCCAUAAAAUGUCCUUGCUACUAAAUAUUCCAUGGUCAACUGUUAGUGAUGUUAUAUCAAAGUGAGAGCAACUGGGAACAACAGUAACACAGCCACGAAUUGGUAGGCCACAUAAAAUGACAGAGUGGGGUCAGCAAAUGCUGAAGAGCACAGUUCGCAGAAGUGGCCAACUUUCUGCAGAGUCAGUAGCUAAAGACCUCCAAACUUUAUGUGGCCUUCAGAUUAGCACCGCAACAAUGCGUAGAGAGCUUAAUGGAAUAGGUUUCCAUGGCUGAGCAGCUGCAUCCAAGCUUUACAUCACCAAGUGCAAUGUAAAACGUCGGAUGCAGUGGUGUAAAGCACAACGCCACUGGACUCUAG